UAAUCGCUCAGUUCGGCUAUAGAUCAUCCUCCCCGCGGGGCCCGACCCGAUUAAGAUAAGUUUAGCGCUGAGCAAACAGCACAAACACCCAACUCUCCGAAGCGCUGCGCGGAAAAAAAAGUUCUGGGAUCUCGAAAUCUUUAUAGAAAAGUCCAUAGAAUUGCCGACGUGCGAUAAUCUGGAAAAAUUACAUUUGAAGAGAUAUUUCCUUUUCUCUCUCUUAUAUUCCUCUUUUUUCCUUUCCUCUUGUCUUCCAUCGGAGCUAAGUAGGUCUCGCAUUCAUUUUCAGACCAAAGACCGCAUUCGAUUGAUUUGACUAUCGCGGAGCUACGAAGCAACGAUUUCCUCUUUUUCUUCCUUUCUGGGGAGGGUAAUAGAUUAGAAGGAGGAAAGAAAAGCAGAUACGUCGCCAUGACGGAUAUUCAGAAAACUCCCUUUGUGAGGGAAUUGGCGUCAAGUGACCGCCGCACAAGAGACAAGGCCCUCGAGUCGCUAACAAUGUUCCUGAAAAUGAAGACGGGUCUAUCACUCGUGGAUUUGCUGAAAGUUUGGAAGGGCCUGUUUUUCUGCUUCUACCACUCCGACCGUCCCCUAACACAACAAUCUCUCGCCCGCUCUCUUUCCUACUCUAUCGUCCCCAGCCUCCCUCACAGCACACUGCAUCGCUUCCUACGCGCUUUCUGGAUCACUAUCGGUCGGGACUUUCAUAAGAUCGACCGCCUACGACUUGAUAAAUACCUCUAUCUGAUUCGAUGCUAUGUGGGCGUGGCAUUUGAGGUCUUUAUCAAGAAUAAUAAUAAUAAGUCCAGCACCAAACAAAACAACGACAAGAAGAGUGCCAAUGGAGAAAAGGAUAAGAAGAGAAAGCGCGACGAGGUCAGCAUGACGACGGAGAAAAAUAAAAAGAAGAAGAAGCGCACAACAACAAAGACUGAUGCGAAUGGAACACCAACCCACGAGGAAGAAGAAGAAGGAGAAGAAUCCACCAAUCUCGACUCCCAAUGGACAGAUCUCGAAUCCUACAUCUCCAUCAUCGAAGAAGGACCCCUUCACCCUCUCAACUUCGACCCGAACGAACCAACUUCCACAUCCAUCAACACCGACUCUGACGUGACGAUGCCUCAUGGCCCUGACGGUCUGCGAUACCACAUCCUCGACAUCUGGCUCGACGAGCUCGAGAAAGUCGUCGAAGUCGAAGACCUCGAUGUCGACAGCAGCAACAACAACACAGAUGGUCCUACGAAGAGACUAAAAGGUGAUAUCCCCAUGGAGUUGAUCUUGCGGCCGAUGCGGAAAUUGAAGGCGGAAAGUCCGACGAAGACGGUCCGCGAGCGCGCUGGAGAGGUGCUUGAGGAUGAUCGGUUGGUGGAGUGGGGUGUGAUUGAGAGGAAGAAGGGUUCGGAUGAUGAGGAUGAGGAGGAGGAUAGUGAAGAGGAGUGGGGUGGUUUGGGCGAUGAUUGAAUCUCUUGAAUUGAAUCGAUACCUUGUAUGUUUGAUAAAAUUAUCGUGGGAUCUUUCUUUCUUUUUAAGGAUGUUCACUGCAGAAUGUCCCGCUGAACAAUGAAAAAAAUACUAGUAAUUCUUUGCAUACGAGAAAUUGAUAAAAUUCCACGGCCACGCAAA